AAACACAAUUUAAAAAAAUGGAUGUUUACCAUAACUUGUUCAUAUCUCACUGAUGACUGAUGUUGUAGAACAAUAUCUGAAUCUAUACUAUAUAAUUAGAUCUAAUGUAGAUCUAGAAGCUAAAUUUUGAUACUUCAAACGGAUAGCGAUCCAAUCCCGUUAACUCAAAUGUUUUAAUAUAUUAGUAUCAUGAUGAAUAGCAUCUAAAUUAGAUUUGAUUUAUUAAAACAAUGAGUAAAUUAAAAAGCUCACAAAAUAGAAAAGGAAAAGAAAAUAAAGUGAAAUACAAAAGGAGGCCUGAUGCUUAUAAAGUGAAUGUUUUACUUGAUAUUACUGAUGAAAAAUUUGUGCUGAAUGACAUUCACAAUGAUAUGACUGUGACUCAACUGAAAGAUGAAGUAGAAGUAGCUACUGGAAUACCUGUGUCACUGCAAAGACUCUGUUAUCUAGAUGAAGGUGAACUUCAAGAUCAAACUGAUAUUAGAAGCAAUGACUUUGUUCCCAACUGUACUUUGAAGUUGAAAGUCUGGCCUAUGUACAGGGAGCUGGUGGAGGCAGUUGUUGCUAAUGAUAUUGAUUGGGUUUUUCGGUUGGGUGUCACUGAAUCAUCAGACUAUCACACUCCCACUAGUGACUAUAUGUCUAAAAAAUCAAGGAAGCUAUGGCUUGAAGAAAGAGCCUUUAUUGCACUCUGCAUUGCUGCUCACAGAGGAUAUGAAGAGAUGACUGUAAAACUUAUUGAAAAUGGAGCUAAAGUCAACAUGACAACACCAACAGGAAAGACACCUCUGCAUUUAGCUGCUGCCAAAAGUAAUGGGGAGAUCAUCAAUGUACUGCUUCAUAGUGGAGUGGAUGUCCAUACAGAAGACAAAAAUGGUAAUACAGCUUUAACGAUUGCUGAAAGAUUUGGAAGCAAAGUUUGUGCAAGAAAUCUUUUUCAGUUUCAAUGGCAACAAAGAGCUAAAAAGUCGAAACCAUCGCCACAAGUGCCAUUGUUUGCUCAUCAAUACCAUGAUUCCAGUUUUCCUGUCUGGAAGAGAGGCAAAUCAGCCCAGAUUUAUGUAUCUACCAUAUUAAAGCCUGGGGAGUAUGAAGGUACUGCACUCAGUGCUCCCAGAAGUGGUCGACAUCCUUCUCUGAUUCACAAACAGAUCAGAGAUGCAACGUUUUUCAGUGACUCCCAAGACAGUGGCUUGGACCAUGGUACAGAAGAAGUUGGAAAUCUUCCAAUUAUAAAUAAAGAUAAGAAAAAACAAAAUCUCAAGAAGCCAUUGUCAUAUGAAGAGUGGAUUGGAAAACAAAAAGAAAUUGAAAGGAAAAAAAUUCUUGAAAAAAAGAUAAAGGAAGAAGAAGAGGCAAAAAGAAAGCAGGAAGAGGAGGAAAAGAAGAAAGAAGAGAUAGAAAAACUUAGCUAUGAGCAAUGGCUGUUUGACAGAGAGCAGGAGAAAUUGGAGAAAUCUCCUCGGCUGCUGUCUAAAAGCCAAUCGUUUGCCCAGGACACUUUUUCCAGCCUUCCAGUUCACCAAGAUGGAGCAUUCAGGGUUUACCUGCGCAGUUUAGGCAAGUCAAGAACUGGAGUUAACUAUGAGGAUUGGUUGAAUGAAAAGGAAAGAGAAAUUAAUGAGCUAGUUAAAAAGCUUCAUACCAAUGGAUGAACUAUUUUUACUUUGCUGCUACCUUUACGUUUUUGCAUAAAAUAAAUAUUUUAUUGUAUAUAGAGCUUUGAUGGAGAAAUUAGAAAAAAAAAAGUUACACAAUUCUAUAUUAGGCAUCUUGACAAUAGUUUCUAUGUAAGUCUGAAGAUUAUAUGAUAAUUCUUUAUGAAUAUCAAUAGAUUUCUUAAUAUUUUAAUGUAAUAAUUCUUAAGGAACAUUAAUUUAAACAUAAAUAUCCUGUGUUUUUUACCAGUUUUUCCACAUAUUCUGCUUAGAUAGCUAUGUCAACUUCUGUACCACUCUGUGAGUUGGCUUCAAAUAUCAAUAAAUAUCACAUAUGCUUAAAGAAGUUGAAAAUCUAGUUUAUUUUUAGUGUGAUCUUUAGACAUCAAUUAUAGUUCUUAAUAAUAAUUGUAUCUUUGUAAGGGAAAAGCUCUGACACUGUAAAUUUUUAGAGAAAAACUGUUCUGGAACUUCAGUCUUUCUAAAAUAAAUAUGGUGUUAUUACCCUUAGGUAAAGUGGUCAUUUCAUAGUUCCUCAUGGGUUUUAUGAAAAACAAAUGUUUAUCAAGCUUUAUUUAUAAUGUAACAUAAUGAUAUGUGCAUAUUGUAUAAAUAACCUUGCCUUGUGUUAUAUAUUUAUGUAUGGAUUUAUAAUUUAUAUGUUCCAAAUAAAGAUGGAUCAACUAACA